ACCCAACGCCAUCACACGCAGCGGCUCCGCGAGCACCAACAUCAGGGCAGGCACCGGGAAACGCAGUCUGUGUUAUUGUCAAAUACACUCAUUUUAACACCAAUGGAGUAUUUUGCAGCGGAUUAUUAGACUCUUUUAAAAAGGGUCUCUGUUUUGGCGGCGCACAAAGCAAUGUGGAGGAAGUAAAGAUCCUGAUACGCUGAAAACUAGAGGAGUCAUUCUGGUGUCACUCAUUUGGCUGUUGUGAUUAUAGAUAAUGGGCUGUGUGCAAUGCAAGGAUAAGGAGGCAACCAAACUCACAGACGACAGAGACACCAGCAUCUCCCAGGGAGCGGGCUACCGCUAUGGGGCCGACCCCACGCCACAGCACUACCCCAACUUCGGGGUCACUGCAAUCCCCAACUACAACAACUUCCACGCCCCUGUCGGACAGGGUAUGACCGUCUUCGGAGGGAUUAACACUUCCUCUCACACCGGAACCCUGAGGACUCGAGGGGGGACAGGAGUCACCCUCUUUGUGGCACUUUAUGACUAUGAGGCUCGGACAGAAGACGACCUCAGCUUCAGGAAAGGAGAGAGAUUCCAGAUCAUCAACAGCACUGAAGGGGAUUGGUGGGACGCUCGCUCGCUCACCACCGGUGGCAGUGGAUACAUUCCCAGUAAUUACGUGGCUCCGGUGGAUUCCAUCCAGGCUGAGGACUGGUACUUUGGUAAACUGGGCCGUAAGGAUGCAGAGAGGCAGCUGCUGUCCACGGGUAACCCCCGGGGCACUUAUCUUAUCCGGGAGAGUGAGACCACAAAGGGUGCCUUCUCCUUGUCCAUACGGGACUGGGACGACGUAAAAGGCGACCAUGUCAAGCAUUAUAAGAUCCGCAAGCUGGACAGCGGAGGUUACUACAUCACCACCAGGGCGCAGUUCGACACGCUACAGCAGCUGGUUCAGCACUACUCAGACCGAGCCGCCGGGCUCUGCUGUCGCUUGGUGGUUCCCUGCCACAAAGGGAUGCCCCGCCUCGCCGACCUCUCCGUCAAAACCAAAGACGUGUGGGAGAUCCCACGGGAGUCGCUGCAGCUCAUCAAGCGUCUUGGGAACGGGCAGUUUGGGGAGGUCUGGAUGGGAACGUGGAACGGCACCACGAAGGUGGCGGUAAAGACUCUGAAGCCUGGCACCAUGUCCCCAGAGUCCUUCCUGGAGGAGGCUCAGAUCAUGAAGAAACUCCGCCACGACAAGCUGGUGCAGCUGUACGCCGUGGUGUCGGAGGAACCCAUUUACAUUGUCACAGAGUACAUGGGCAAAGGAAGCCUGUUGGACUUCCUGAAGGAUGGAGAAGGACGAGGCCUGAAGCUGCCGAACCUGGUGGACAUGGCAGCGCAGGUGGCGGCAGGCAUGGCCUACAUCGAAAGGAUGAACUACAUCCAUCGAGACCUGCGCUCCGCCAACAUCCUGGUCGGAGACAACCUGGUGUGUAAGAUCGCCGACUUCGGCCUGGCCCGGCUCAUCGAGGACAACGAGUACACAGCUCGACAAGGCGCCAAGUUCCCCAUCAAGUGGACCGCCCCAGAGGCUGCCCUCUACGGGAAGUUCACCAUCAAGUCAGAUGUGUGGUCGUUUGGCAUCCUGCUGACUGAACUGGUCACCAAGGGUCGGGUGCCUUACCCAGGCAUGAAUAACCGUGAGGUGCUGGAGCAGGUGGAGCGGGGCUACAGGAUGCCGUGCCCUCAGGACUGCCCCAUCUCGCUGCACGAGCUGAUGCUGCAGUGCUGGAAGAAGGACGCCGAGGAGCGGCCCACCUUCGAGUACCUGCAGGCCUUCUUGGAGGACUACUUCACAGCCACCGAGCCUCAGUACCAGCCCGGGGACAACCUCUAAAAGAUAAAUACAUGGGAAAAAAAUAGCAGCACAGGCCCGUGUCCCCGGGUCUCUGUUGAGGGGGCAGGGACAGGAAGGACUGGGGACACAAUACAAAAACAACAAACCAACAGACUGUAGAGCCUUCCCAGCCGGCCUUCAUGUUAGAGACCUGUACAGCUUCCUGAGCUCAUCCUGAGCAUUUCGAUUCCACCCUUAAACACAGCCCCCAGUCUCUGGCAUGCCCCCCCACCCACCCACCCACUACUGUGUGAGCUGUGAAGGUGACAGUUAGCACUAUACGAGGAGGUGAGGACGGGGAGGACGCACCCAGGCAGCUGGGGUUGUGCUAAUGCAAUGAAAAACCUGUAUUCAGUGUAAAUAAGAAAGGCUUGUUUUAGUUGAUUUGUUUGCUUCUGUUCAAGAGUUUUGAGAUUUAUUUUCUCCUGCACAAAAAUAUUACUAAUGAUAAAAAUGAUGAAAGCAACGGAAGAGAACCAUUGAGCCACAGUUAAUCUGUAUUAGGCCGUAGCUCCUGUAUUCCUCUAGAGAUUGAAAUGGAAGCCUCCACGCAUAGAAUGUUCUUUCAUCCCUCCGUCAUCGUUGUUUUAUCCUCAGAUUGUUUUAAUUAUUUGCAAAGGCUUUUCUAGUCGAGCAUGUCCUUUACCAGCUGUUUUUGUUUGUUUACAGUCUCUGAUGAACCGAACCCACCAAGUUAAUGCUAUGUUCAGACCAAAACCACAUUUAACACUGCACUUCCAUGCAAGGUUACACGCAGUGCAAAAAAAAAAAAGAAGAAACAAAACAGGAAUACACACAAAUUCAUACAGUGAAGUGAAAAUGAACACACACACACACACGCACAUCUGUGAGAGUUACAAAUGUUUCAACGCUGUCAUUAAACCACUGGUUCUCAG